CACAAUCUAUCAGAAGAUUUAUUUAUUUAUUUCAAAUUUCUUCAAAACCAAAAUUUCUUGUAUCGUCCGUUGAGGAGAAACUUCAAACGAACCAGCCAGCCAUGAACGAUCUUCUCUCCCGCUCUUUCAAACGCUCCGUAGCCGACGACUCAUCGCCGCCUCACUCGCACACUAUCGAGAUGCCAAAGGCUAAGUACUCAGACGAGAACAAUCUCGACAAGUUCUUCCUCGACGUGGAGGAGGUUAAUAAUGAUCUAAAAGAGCUCGAUCGCCUAUGUCACAGUCUCCAAGUAAGCCACGACAAGAGCAAGACGCUCCACAACUCUAAGGCUGUCAAGGAGUUGAAGGACAAGAUGGAUUCUGACGUGUCUAAGGCGCUCAAGACGGCGAAGCGUGUGAAAGGAAACCUCCAGGCACUGGAUCGUUCGAAUGAAGUGAACCGGAGUUUACCGGAAUGCGGACCGGGUUCAUCUUCUGACCGGCAAAGGAUGGCGGUGGUUAACGGGUUGAGGAAGAAGCUGAAAGAUGCGAUGAACCAUUUUAUGCGAGUGAGAGAGACUAUCUCGACGGAAUAUAGAGACACAAUUCACCGGUUGUACUUCACCGUCACCGGAGAAAAUCCCGACGAGGACACCGUCGAUCACCUAAUCUCUACAGGAGAAAGCGAAACAUUUUUGCAAAAAGCUAUACAAGAACAAGGUCGGGGUAGGAUUUUGGACACCAUAAACGAGAUACAAGAGAGGCAUGACGCAGUGAAAGACAUUGAGAAGAGCUUGAACGAGUUGCAUCAGGUGUUUCUUGACAUGGCCGUCUUGGUUCAGAGCCAGGGUGAACAGCUGGACACCAUUGAAGACAGCCUCAAACGAACCAAUACGAUUAUCCGUUCCGGUGCAGACCAGCUUGUUAAGGCGCGGUUCUAUCAGAAGAACACGCGUAAGUGGACUUGCUACGCGGUUUUGAUACUGAUCAUUAUUGUGGUUUUAGUUGUGUUGUUUACGGUUAAACCUUGGGAAAAUAACAAUGGUGGUGGUGGAGGAGGUGGUUCGAACCGUCAAGCCACACCGGUGCAAGCUCAACCACCUCCAUCUCAGGCCCGACGUCUACUUCGUUAA